AUGAAUAGUAAAUAUCCUAAUUCGGGGUGCACAUUGAAAGAAGAUGCUCAAUCUGAUGGGUUGUAUAAUAAAUCCAAAUAGAGCACUGAUUUUAAUGGGAAUUUGGAGUUCUCAAAAAAUAAGAGCAAUUCUGCAGCCUCUUCCUUAAAUGGAAUGUCAGAACACGUUAACGAAGUUACGCCGCCGUUUAAUAACAAUGCGGAUUUAAAAGGAUUUUAACCAGCGGAUACAGAAUUAUUUCCAUUUGAACCUAAAUCAGAGAAAAACAAGUAUGAUCAAAUAUUGAUAGUCUAAGUUUUCGCUUUUUGUAUGAAUUCUGGCCUUCAUUCAAUUAGAUCUUUUGUUAAGGGCGCUUGAUGACAGGCCCAAAAGGAGAUAGGUAUCACAAUGCGUUUACUUGGAUUAUGAUUAUUGGCAUAAGCACUUGUUUUUUUAUAAUUGCUGCUCCAUACGUUUGGUAGAAAUUGCAUUGGCUUUAUGUUUUAAUUGUUAUUUAUUUAUUCUUAAGUACAAUACUAUUUUUAGUGUUAACCUAAGUAAUAAUAUAAAAGUAGUUUUAAAUAGUUUUCAGAUCCAGGGAUCAUACCGAGAAAAUCUAUUUUAGAAUUAUCUGAUUAGAACACUCACUUCAUAAGUAAGGAGGAGGUUAAAAUCGAAGGAACUGGUGGGUGUCCAGAUAAAAGGAAGAAGAAAUAUUAGAAUUAAGAAUCGAGAGUUUGUCCAACUUGUUAAAUUGUGAAGCCCUUGAGAUGUUCCCAUUGCAAGGAUUGCGGAAACUGUGUACAAGUGUUGGAUCAUCAUUGUCCCUUUGUAAAUAAUUGUAUAGGGCAAAGAAAUUACAGAUUUUUUAUAGCUUUUCUGAUUUCGCUGCUCCUAUUGGCUUUGGGAGAAUUGGGAGGCUUCUUGAUCUUAUUCAUUGGAAACUUCGGAGAGGGGAUCUCAGGGAAGGAUGGGAUAUGUAAUAAUAUUAUAAAUAUUUUGAAAAGUGAUAGAAAAUCAAACAAUUUUAGUUAUAGUUUUAUUUGCUUUGGGGAUUCCCACAAUCCUAUUGACUUUAUGCAUUUUGGUGUUUGUUUGCUUUCACAUUUGUUUGGCUUACAGUGGAAAAACAACGAAGGAGCAACUUUAAAAAAAGAAGAUUUCAGAGAGAGGUAUUAUACCGUCGACAACUUGGUGUGAUAAGGCGAAGACCUUGUUUAGCCUUAGAUAAAAAAUUCAUAUUUCUAAAAUAAAAAAAUUCUAGAUUUUUGCAUGA